UGUUAAUCUGCGCAGAUUUGUGGUCUAUGAUGAAUUUAAAGUAUAUGGUUAGGUUUUUAUCAUAACUAUAUCCUUUUAAAGGCAUCAUAAUAAUGGCUGAUCCCGAAUUAGAGGCCAUUAGGCAGCAGAGGCUAUCCGAACUGCAAUCGAAUUUUAAAACCUCGCAAGGCGAUUCUGAGUCGCAGAAGGCGCAAGAGAACAAGGCCAGGGCACAGGAAGAUGCGAAAAACUCGAUAUUAUCGCAAAUUUUAGAUCAAGACGCGCGAGCAAGACUAAACACGCUGAUGUUGGGCAAACCGGACAAAGGCCAAAUGGUACAAAACAUGUUAUUAAGGAUGGCCCAGAUGGGACAGAUCGGCGCCAAAAUAACGGAGAAAGAUCUCAUCGGUCUACUGGAAAACGUUAGCGCUCAAACUCAAUCAAAAACGUCGGUAAAAUUCGAUCGGAGACGCGCGGCUUUGGAUUCUGACGAAGACGAUUUGUAAUAAUUUUUCAAACGUUUAUUCAAUAAAUUAGGUGCUUAAGUCUAGGAAACGCUCGGUAUAAUUGUUUUUACACGAAAAUAAAAAAUCUAC